AUGCACAGUAUUAUUUUUGAAUUGUAUGUUUUAGAUAUGAACUGGACGUACUCUGACACCCAUCCUUGUUUUGAAUUAUAUAAUACAACUUAUAUUUUUCUCCACAACCCUUCAAUAUUAUGUGUUUUUAUAUAUAUAAUACUUUCCUGUUUAAGCCUAGCAACAGUUUGUGGAAACCUUCUUGUGAUAAUCUCCAUUGUUUAUUUCAAGCAGCUGCACAUUCCCACAAACUACCUGAUCCUGUCUCUGGCUGUGGCAGACCUGCUGGUGGGAGUUAUAGUUUUUCCUUUUAGCAUGGCUCAGACUCUGACCUCAUGUCUCUAUAAGGAAAAUGUAUUUUGUAAAAUACGAGAUUGGUUUGAUAUCACUCUAAGUACUUCAUCUAUUUUGAACUUGUGCUGUAUUUCCAUUGACAGAUAUUAUGCCAUAUGUAAUCCUCUCACAUAUAAGAAUACAGUAACAGGACGUGCGGCUGGGGUCAUGAUUUUUAUGACUUGGAGUGUUGCUGUUAUGAUUGGUACUAGUAUACUGAGUGGAGGAAACAAUCAGGUAGCAUGCACAGAGACAUGUCUUGUUGAUAUAGUUUUAACUAACAUAACAGGGCCUAUAUUUGCUUUUUUCAUGCCUGCAUUAAUAAUGAUUUGUAUCUAUCUUAAAAUUUUCUUUGUAGCUCAGAGACAGAGAAACAGCAUCCAGAUUUCUAAAUGUGGUGUGAUAAGUAAGACAGAGAGGAAGGCCACUAAAACCCUGGCCAUAGUGAUGGGGGUUUUCCUCUUAUGUAUGACUCCAUACUUUCUGUGCAUUAUUUUUCUGCCUUUCGCCAGUGAAACUCCACCGUUCUCUCUGAUCGAAGCUCUCAACUGGCUCACACUGUCCAACUCAAUGCUCAAUCCUUUUAUUUACGCCUUCUUCUACAGCUGGUUCAGGUCUGCCUGCAAAAUGAUUGUAUUUGGAGAAAUAUUCAAAAGUAACCUAGCAAAUACAAAACUGAUGGGAUGA